CCUGGCGUGAGCUUCCAGCACCCUAGCACCCCCUCUCCUCCCUAUUUUGCACCUUUGCACUCUUGUGCCCUUGUCCCUAGUUCUCUUCUUUCUACCCUCUCCCCCCCUUCUCCCUCUGCGGCUUUCCUCCGCCCCUCCCCCUUCUCCAAAUUCCUUUAUUAUGGUGAAAAGUGAAUCAGCUCAUCCAACAAACUCCAUCGACUUCUUCGCGGUUGAGCUCUCUCCCAACUGGUCACAGAAGACAUCUCGAUGCUCAUACGCCGCGGCUUAUGCCGGUGCUGCGCGCCUGCAAGGCGGUGCCUCGGCUGCCGCGCGUGCUGCCACCUCGGGCUCCAACGCCUACUCGGCCACCCCCACCCAAAACCAGCCAACCGGCCGCUUCACCUCCAAGUACAGCCAUGCCAAGCGUCACUCGCUGGUCCCACCCGGGGUAGGGACUCCCCCGAGCCGGUCCAAAGCGGCCGGCCCGCUGGCCGGCAACUGGCACGAUACGCCGGCCUCGUCCGAUGAGGAAGAAGAUGCCCCGGUCGAGUCCAUCCCCUCGGGUGAUGAUACUGCGCUGAUGGCCGGCGGGCCGAGCGCCAGCAGCUCCGCCGAAAAUGCCACCCUUUCCGCUGACGGGGCCUGGCCCGAGCAGGGUGCCGCGGCCUCCCUCCUUGGCGAAGGAUCUUCCUUUUCGGUUCUCCAAUUCUCCGCCUCGGCCAAGCGCCAGCUGCCCAUGCUGGCCGAGGCCCUCUCCGGUAACACCUCCCUCAAGGAGGCCUACUUUAACCGCGUCGAUGCGCCCAGCCCCGACUGGCUCCCCCUUCUGAAUACCCUCUUCCAGCUGCCCUCCCUCCGGACGCUUGACCUGUCUUUCAACCAAACCCUCUCGGCUCAGACUUUCACCGCUCUGGCUGAGGGGCUGAAGAGCAGCAAGACCAUCCGCUCCCUUUAUUUGGAGAACGUCCGCAUGCUCGGCUCCUCGGCGGCCAUCAUCGCCACUGGGCUCGGGCAAAACACCUCUCUCGAGGUUCUCAGUCUUGCCAAUAAUCUGAUCCGUGUUGAUGGGAGCCGUGCUCUGGCCAAUGCUCUCCUUCACAACUCUUGCAUCCGUGCCAUCAAUCUCAGUGGUAACCCAUUGGGCGAUGACAGCGUGGCUCUCCUGUGCGAUGCCAUGUAUGUUCGCCUGUAUGGAUCCUCGCCAGCUGGCUCGGUCCUCCGUCUGCAGGAGCUGGAUCUCUCGCGCACCAACAUCUCCGCCACGGCAACCCGCCAUCUGGCGCGCAUCCUCAACCCCCGGAGUUCCUCCGGUGAUGUUGAGUCUGCCGGUGGCAUGGUUUACGGCUCUCCCCCGUCACAGGCGUCCCCCUUGAGCAGUGGCUUCUUUGGCGGGGCCUUCGGCGCACUGGGCGAGGCAUUUAGCUCGUCACGUCGCCGGGGGUCCGGUGCCGGCCAUCGUGCUGCGGAUAGCAGCAGUGAUGAGGACGAUAGCGACAGUGACUCGGAUGAUCGCCCUGGCGGCGCUGGCGGCGCCGAUUCGUUCUCCGGCCCGGCCGGCCUCCGUGCUUUGAUUUUGGCCGACAAUCCCCUUGGCUCGGAUGGUGUGGCCAUCCUGUCUCGAGCUCUGGAAAAUAAUCGCAUCCUGCGCGUGUUGGACAUCUCCAAGACCGGCGGUCUCCGUCUGCAGGGUGCCGCUGCUUUGGCGGAUGCCCUCCCUCGCGCGACGGCCCUUCGUGUCCUUCGUCUUGCCGAGUCGGACCUGACCCCGGACCGGGUGGCCGCCCUGGCCAACGGCAUCCGCACCGCGCCCAACCUUUCUCUGCUGGAUCUGUCAGGCAAUCCGAUCACUGCGGAAGCCAUGUCGCUCUUGUCGGCCUCUGUCAUCAAGAACAAGAAGCUCGCCUCUCUCAUCCUCAAGAACUGCCAGCUGACCACAGAGUGUGCCAUCGUUUUGGCCAAGCACAUUUCCGCUGACAAGCGCCUCACGCACCUGGAGCUCUCCAACAAUCCGGGAUUAGAUGGAUCUGGCCAAACUGUCCUGUUCGACGCGCUGAAGAACAACGAGCGUCUGGCCUAUCUUGGCUUGUAAGAAAGGAUGCUCAGUGCCCCAGCAGCGCGGCGGAGCAUGCAUACAUGCGACAUGCGCCCGACGUUGCGUGUGCAACCACAACCGGCAUGAGCAUGAUCGCGCGUGCACGCACACUCGAUCCUGUACACACGCAUCAACAGGCAGGGGGUUCCAGAGAGCCUUCCCGAUCACCGAUGAACAAUAAACUAUCCACGCACAUAUGUGGAGCGCAAAUGUGAAGAA